AUGGAGAGAAGACAAAAACAAUCCUCGAACUACACAUUAGCUGCUGCUGCUGCUGCUGCUGCUGCUGCUACAUCAAUAUCAGAGAAAUCCACAACUAGAUUAAAACCACCAGCACUAGCUCAUGAUUUUGUUAUUCAAAAUUUCUUGCUAGUUUGGCUCGAUAGACACAUUAAUGACGUUAAGAACGCUGAUUAUUUGAAUACUAUUUCAAAAUUAAAAGAACUGGCAGAUAAAGUCUAUAAAUUUCACGAUGCCGAUGAUUUUGUCAGUUUCAUCAGUGAUAACAAACGAGAAAAAAUAUGCAUAAUCACAUCUGCAGAAAUGGGUGAAAUAAUAGUUCCCGUCAUACACAACAUGAAACAAAUCAGUGCUAUUUACAUUUUGAGCGGAGAUCAAGCUCAACAUCAUGUAUGGAUCGACGGUUGGUCAAAAAUAAAAGGCAUCUUCACAGACAUUGAAUCUAUAUGCAAAGCUCUUCAACAAGCAUUACAAAAUCUAGAUCAAAAUUCGGUCACAAUUAGUUUUGUCUCUCCUAGCAGUGAUAUUAGAAAGCAAAAUCUUGAUCACUUAGAUUCAUCUUUUAUUUACACUCAAAUAUUAAAAGAAAUUAUUUUAAGUAUUGAUUUCGAUCAACAGCAUAUUGACGAAUUUAUUUUAUACUGUCGUCAACUCUUCGCUGAGAAUCCAAUAGAGCUAAAAAAUGUCAAUAAACUUGCACAUGAAUACAAAGAACAUCUACCGAUCUGGUGGUAUACCUAUCAUUGUUUUCUUUAUUCGAUGCUGAAUCGAGCCCUACGAACAAUGCAAGUAAAUCUCAUUAUUGGCAUGGGAUUUUUUAUUCAAGGACUUCAUAACCAUAUUGUCGCACUUCAUCAGGAACAAUUUAUUGAACAUUCACAAACGAAACUAUUAACUGUAUUUCGUGGUCAAAGUUUGUGUCAGAAAGAUUUUGAUCGGUUGGUACAAACACAAUAUGGACUUAUCUCAUUUAAUAAUUUUAUAUCGACUAGUACAAAUCGUGAUGUGUCGCUCAAAUUUUUACGUAACAUUAUUGAAACUACAGACCUAAUGGGCAUAAUAUUUGUAAUAAAAAUCGAUACCUCUAUCUCUUCAACACCAUUUGCUAAUAUUCGUGAGAUCAGUUAUUUCAAAAGAGAAGAAGAAAUUCUCUUCUCGAUGCAUUCUAUUUUUCGUAUUGGCGACGUCAAACAAUUGGACAAAGAUCGACUUUGGCAAGUAGAUUUGACAUUAACAAAUGAUGAUGACCGUGAACGGAAUGCUUUGAUUGAACAGCUACGAAAAGAGACCUACCCUCGCAAGAAAGGAUGGAAUCGACUGGGUAUGUUGCUGAUUAAACUUGGUAAGUUCAACAAAGCUGAAGAAGUCUACGAUAUCUUGAUCGAUCAAGCUAUAACUAAUCAAGAAAAAGCACAUAUUUAUCAUCAACUUGGAUGGACCACGGAUGCACAAGGAAAAUAUGCCGAUGCAAUUGCAUUCUAUACACAAGCAAUUGAAAUCAAACAAGUCAUUUUCUCUCCUAAUGACGCUGGUUUGGCUGCUUCUUAUACUGGAAUUGGCUUAGCCUAUGACAAGAUGGACGACUAUUUGAAUGCGCUCUCAUCGCAUCAAAAAGCAAUAGAAAUCUACGAACAAUCUUCUCCUUCAAAUAAUCCUCAUCUAGCUACUUCUUACGAUAAUAUUGGUGUGGUAUACUCCAAGAUAGGUGAUCAUUCGAAUGCACUUCUAUUUCAUCAAAAGGCAUUGAAAAUUCGCCAAAAAAUACUUCCAAACAAUCACCCUGAUUUCGCCGAUUCUUACAACAAUAUUGGCUUGUUGUACGAUAACAUGGGUGACUAUGCAAGUGCACUUACAUUCCAUCGAAAAGCGCUCGAAAUCUAUCAAAAAACUCUCCCUUCCGAUCAUCCUAAUCUUGGUACUUCUCAUAACAACAUUGGUUUGGUAUACUUCAAAAUGAAUGACCACCCGAAUGCUCUUUCGUUUUAUGAACGUGCUCUUGACAUUCAACUAUGUUCAUUAUCGAAAAACCAUCCUAAUAUUCGUAGUUUGCGAAAGAAUAUUGAACUUAUAAAGAAGAAAAUAUGA